CGCAUUUUCACCAGCCUCACUCUUCCCCGCAAUACAUUCAUCAUGCUUCGACAAGCCCUCGCCACUUCUUCCAGAGCUCUGCGCUCAACACCCAUCGCCGCCAGCCGCGCAAUUCUGCGGCCUCAAAUCCAGACUGCUGCCCCCGCCAUCUCAAUAAGAUCAUUCCAGCCUAUCGCUAGCCGGUGGUACAGCGAGGCUAAGGAGGCUUCAGAGACCAAGGAGGCUCCGGCUGCUGAGGAGAAGGCCGACGCCAAGGAUGGGGAGAAGAAGAAUGGCGAGACCGACGAGGUUGCUCAGCUGAAGAAGGACCUUGAGGCCAAGGACAAGGAGGCCCGUGACUGGAAGGAUAAAUGCCUCCGCACCGUCGCCGAUUUCCGCAACCUCCAGGACCGCACCGCACGUGAGGUCAAGUCCGCCCGCGACUUUGCCAUCCAAAAGUUCGCCAAGGACCUCGUCGACAGCGUCGACAACCUUGACCGCGCCCUCUCCACCGUCCCUGCGGAAAAGCUCAAGGCCGAGGAGAAGAGCGAGGACCUCCAGGAGCUCGCUAACCUCUACGAGGGCCUCAAGAUGACCGAGGGCAUCCUCAUCCAGACGCUUGCCAAGCACGGCCUGGAGCGCCUGGAGCCAGAUGGCAUCAAGUUCAACCCCAACGAGCACGAGGCUACUUUCAUGGCUCCCCAGCCGGACAAGGAGGACAACACUGUCUUCUUUGUCCAGCAGAAGGGCUUCAAGCUCAAUGGUCGUGUCCUGCGUGCCGCCAAGGUCGGCGUCGUCAAGAACGCCUAAAGAAAUUACAAAAAAAAUCUCAACUCAUUCGCUUGCUCAUUCCUUUCUUAACUCCCCUUUCUAUAACGCAAAGAAAGAAGAUGAGAAUCGAAUGAAGAAAGAAAACUAUACCUAAAGAAGCGUGGAUGUCAUGAUUCAAAACAGUCAUACAACACCUCUUACAUGUACUACUACCGGAUUUUGCGUUGGCUUGGCGUUAGGUCAAAAAGUGUAUAAUGCUCCUCUCACGAUGACGGCUUUGAAAAGAAAAACAUCAUUUAUUAUAUUUGCAUAGUGGUUCGGGAAACCUGAGCAAGGGCGGUGAAAAAAAGGCGAAAAGGGUAACGCACUUAAAGUUGGACACAUGAAUGUGAAGAUGGAAAGAGAGAAAAAAGAAGAGAGAGAAGAGAAAAUCUUUGGUAUGAGCGGAUAUCCAUACAUGUACAUACGACUUUGCGUCCUCUGAGCGGCGAUCAGAUGAGCCGCCCUUUAAUCAACCGCUUCAAGCGGAACGAUACACACUUC